GUGUAUAAUGUAUACCAAGUAACUAGUUCUUCACCUAUGGUGUAUACGGUGUACCUACUGUAAAUGUUUGUGUUAUUGUGUAGAUGUUAAUUAAUACCUACUGAAAUAUAGCCAGAGGAAUCAUUGUUCUACGUAAAUAACUAUAUGAUCGAAAUUAAAUGCAUUCCAGUUAAUUUUAUGUAUAAAAUACCGAUUAUGAGUAAUUAAAUGUUGUAGUAUAAAAUGCUGUUCGAGUAUUUAUAUUAAUUGCAGUUAUUCUUUUCUUAUUUUCUCAUCGCUUAUAAGGGCAAUGGAUAAUCCUGAUAGCAACACAAAUUCACGAUCAAUGAUGGAGCCUCCAAAUUCCUGGUGUCAUCCAGCCCACAAAGUGCAUAGAUUUGUGGCUCUGAUACUGAUGUGCUUUCUUUGUUUUGGUUCUUAUUUUUGCUACGACACACCUGGGGCCCUAGCAGACAACUUUAAGAGUGACUCUUCAUUGAAUACAUCACAGUUUGCAUUGCUUUAUUCCAUAUACUCGUGGCCAAAUGUGGUGUUAUGUUUCAUUGGCGGUUAUCUCAUUGAUAGAUAUUUUGGUGUUAGAUUGGGCACAAUUAUAUACAUGUCCAUUCUGUUUGUUGGUGCUGUUGUGUUUGCAUUUGGUGUUUACAUUAACAAAUUUUGGCUAAUGAUACUUGGAAGGUUCAUAUUUGGCAUUGGUGGGGAGUCACUGCAAGUUGCAGUUAAUAACUAUGUUGUUCUGUGGUUCAAAGGAAAAGAACUUAACAUGGUUUUUGGAUUGCAACUGUCCUUCUCUCGAUUUGGUAGCACAGUAAACUUUUGGGUGAUGGAACCUAUUUAUAGAUGGGUAGCACAUUACUAUGGAGGGUAUGAGCGAUUGGGUGUUACUCUAUUUUUGGCUUCCCUCACGUGCUUAGGAUCUCUCAUAUGUGGGUUGAUACUUGGAUGGAUGGAUCAUCGAGCUGAAAAAAUUUUGGAGCGAAGCGAAGAACAUGCCAAUGAACCGCCUUUCCGUCUAUUAGAUGUAUUGAAUUUCAAAACUGUGUUCUGGCUUGUUUCUGUCAUAUGCGUGGCAUACUAUCUGGCUAUAUUUCCAUUUAUUGCUUUGGGGAAGUUGUUUUUCGAAAGGAAAUUCGACUUCAGUCCCCAAGAUGCAAACACUGUUAACUCAAUGGUUUAUUUCCUAUCAGCUGCUUUAAGUCCAUUUUUUGGAAUACUAAUUGAUAAGACUGGUCGAAAUGUGACGUGGGUUAUUUUAAGUAUAAUAACGACUAUUGGUUCUCAUUUCUUACUCGCUUUCACAUUUGUAAAUCCUUAUGUAGGAGUGGUAAGUAAAAAUUCAUAUUUUUUAAUUUUCCUAUUAUAGAGUUUAAGAGGAUAU